GGCAUUUUCAUCUCAACCAGCCGGUAUUUCGGUCAUACAAUCGAACUGUCAGAUUAGUAUUGAAAUUUAUGCUUGAAAUUCAAAUCAAAUUAAUAUCGUACUCUGUCAAAAACGAUUUUUAAUUAUAUCAAAUUCCUUCAUAGAUUUGUAAUGGAAAAAAAAUGUUACUCUUAAAAAAACAUUAGAAAAAUAUUGAAUUUGAAAUGUAACACGCAAAAAAAAUAUCCCAUUUGCAUCGGGCCACACAGACACAUCGAAUAACAGUCAACGAUAAAGAAGAAGAAGAAGCCAAAAAGGCAGAGCGAUACGAUUGAAUACGAUUUUGUACAUGGUUCAAUGAGGGGAUCAUUUUUUUCUUUCGUGCAGCAAUAAUUUCUAUGGCGGCCAUAGUGAUUUCAUCGGUGAUGACUGUGUGACAAGUCAUGACAUUAUUUUCUAAAAUAAAUUAUUUCAUUCGAUGGCAGACACGUUUUUUGGAUUUGAUACCACAGCACCGCAAUACGAUAAUGACGGCGGAGGCUUGGAAGAACCAGACGAUUAUGAUGCACUGAAUGACGAGACAUUUGGAUCGGCCACUAACGAUGACUGGGAGGGACAGCACGAGAAUCUCGUGCUACUUGACAGCAAUGGAAAUACUAGUGGCAAAGAUAAAGACGAAAAUGACGAUGGUGAUUUGGGAGAUUUAGAUUUUAAUAUAGCUCGUAUGGGCUUGGAGGACUGUGAGGAAGUGGACGAUGAUGUUGAAGGUCGUGUUCAAUUGGAUCCGAGUGUGUGGUCAAGUAGAGAACGACACGAUGUUCCGUUUCACAAUAAACAAUUCAAUGGUAUGAUGCCGCCGGAGAAUUUUAUGCCGCAUCUUCUGUCUAUGCCAAAUUCAAUGAAUAUUGCCGGCCCAAGCAUUGCCAAUCUCAAUCAGUUUCACCAGCAGCAAUUGGCCAAUCAACAACAACAACAGCAACAGCAACAGCAACACAUGUUAAAUGCUUCCAGACAGCCAAAUGUGCCCCCAAAAAUCAUGUCAGUAGAGGAUUUGGAGCGGAAUCAAAUUCGAAAUCAGCAAAUGCAGAAAGUUGAUUCGAAUAUGAAACCACCAACACCGCAAAAUCUACAUCAACGCCCGCAGCCCUUUCCCCAACAAUUAGCGCCGCAAACAUCAAAGGGGCAACCCAUGUUUUUGCCACAUCCAAAUGUAGCGACCGACCUGCAAAAAAACUCAAAUCAACGAAUGCCGAUGGGUUUCCCGGUGAAUAUGUUGCCGCCGCAUAUGAAUGCUCAAGCAUCGCAAAUGCACCCAAAUUUAACUAGAGUUCCACCUAAUGUACCAAUGCCACUGAACAAUUUCAACGUGAAUUCAAUGCGGACUGCUACUCCGCCAACGCCGAUAAUGCAGAUUCACCAGAAACAAAUGCAACAGUCUCAACCUCCGACACAGCCUCCGGGCCUUCCACCACCAACGGCUCAACACAAGCGCAUCGGAAUUGGCAUGAUGCCGCCACACAUGCAAAUACCGCAAUUUCAAUCGGCGCAGCAACAACAACAACAACAACAACAGUCUGCAUCGGCCAAUCAGUUCAACAAACGUUUAGUGCAUGAAAUUCAACAAAAUCACCCCAUGCUAUUGAAUGCAAAAAACAACACCAAAGGCAAUAAUGCAUUUCCAUUUGGUAUGAAAGGUGGACCUCUACCAGGCUUACCGGGUGGAAUGAAUCUUCACCAUCAGAAUAUGCAAUUCCACCACCAGCAACAGCAACAGCAACAGCAACAACAGCAACAACAGCAGCAGCACCAGCAACAGCAACAGCAUCAAAACCAGCAUCGGAACAACAACAAUAACAACAACAAUCCACAUCAGAAUCGCAUGAUGAACGGAACAUUGGAGUAUGAUGAAUACGCAAAUUUAAUGAGCCAACGUGACAAACAGUGGCUCAUCGGCAUUCAAUUGUCGCAAUUGAACACAGGAACGCCAUACAUUGAUGACUUUUACUAUACGGUUUUCAAAGAGCGUCGGGCCAAAUUGAAGGGCAUUAAAGAAAAUAAAGCACACAAAGAUAACCAAUUAAAUCAUCCGUUAAUUCAGCCAAAAGGUCAUGCACAACUAGUUCUGAUUUCGAUGGGCAAUAAAAAUGGCACGAACCAACAGCGUAAUCAGCGUGAACGGAAAAAUAGCGAAUCGAAUAAAGAUAAAGAGACGCCACGCACGUAUACACCAUUACAAUUUGAAAAUUCAUUGGGCAAACUACAAUGCGGAAGUGUAACGGCACCACGCAAAAUUAUUGACAUGGAUGUGGUUGGGGCCGAUAGCGGCAGUCCAAUCAUUUCGACCAUUGAAAUAUCCACACAACGUAAAUCCAGACAAAUUCUGUUGCACAUAGAAACACUUUAUCGCAUCGCACUCAAGCUGGAAGAUUUGGAGGAUCCAACAGCCAUAGCAACUGCACUGAUUGUUCGAGAGCGUAAGGAAAAGGAGCGUUUACUUGCUGCCGAACAAGAGCGCUUGAAUGAGGCAAACCAAGAUAAUCCAGACUAUGUGCCGAACGUAUCGAGAUCAUCAUCGUCGUUGAGCGCAGAUAAAGAAGAAACACGCGAGGAACUAUUGGAGAAACUGUUGACCGGAUUGACGCACGAGAAAGUGACACAAAUGAUAACUAUUCGCAAGGGAAAGACGUUGAUCAAACGCAUACUUGCACUGAUCAAAGACAAUCUGUACCGAUGGGAUGUUUGGAUUGCAAUUUUGGAUGCUUUGCCAGUGCUCGUGAAAAAAGACAGAGACGAUGCCGAGAGUCCACUGUUUAUAUUGUUCCCUGAGUUCCAGUCAUAUAUUGAAAAUGCCUCGAUCGAUUCAAUACUUCGGCUAACUAACACGCUCAUUGCCUGUGAAAAACUCAGCUACAUCUUUACAAACAAGUUUUCAAUAUCGUGUGUCAUUGUGCUGAUAGUGAAAAUGGAGAGCGUUUAUGCGAUAUCACCAAACGCCAUAAGCCCUACACAGCAAGCAACAUGGUUAGAAUUUUUAACGGCAUUAUCAAAUGCUGUCGAUAAACUGGGCAAUCUUCAGCUGGCGAAUGUAGCUUACGAAAAUGAUAUCCUAAAACCGUUACUAAAUCAUUUUUCGCGCUUCCGUGAUUUAAAGGCUCAGCCCCUCAUUGCCGUUCUUACGCAGAAAAAUUCAUAAGCUGCAUGAAUAUUUGGACAUUUUUUUCGGGAGGACAUUGUAUGUAGGUAUUUGAUAACAAUUAGUGCACGCACGCAGACAAAUGAUGAAACUCUUUGCAUAAAUCCGAAACAGACAAAAAAAAAAGAGGAAAAGUAUAAAAAUAAAAGAAACUAAGGAAGAAUGGAUUUAGGUAGAUGAAAUGAUCUACGGAAACCUUUUACAACAUUUUAUCGCUAAACAAAAAUUGUAAAUUAUUCAAAUUCAUUUAGUUUACUAUUGAUUCACAAGCAUAGUUGCUAGCUUGCAAUUUUACUAUUUGAAAGAAAAAAAAAACAGAAAGAAAGAAAAAAACACAAACAAACACAAAGAAAAGCACACAUACAUGAAACUUGAUAUUUGACUUGCAGUACGAUUGAUUUGAUAUAUAUGUUCUCUUUUUUUAGUUGUCGUCGUACUUAUAUGUUUAUUAUUAGAAAUGAACGUAGGGAGAAAAUUAAAUUAAAAAUGGCAUAAAAAUAUACAUUAAGAAAUACAUUAUUUUUUUUUCACAUGUUUGAUUGUCAAACUUACACACACACACACACACACCCAUAUGUUUCUGUUGUGCGUUGUUUAGUGAUAUUGUGUCAGUCAUGUUAAUUGUGUGCUAUCGUUAUUUAGAAAAGAAAAACAAAAAAAUUGAGACAAAAAAAAAAACGGGAAAAAUUUAUUAUUUUUAAUAUGCGAUACACAAUUCAUUGCAACACUUGAACAAUAAAACGCGUAAAGUGAAACAACA